CACAGGCUGAGCUGCUACUCGCGAGGCGCCUGUCACAUGAGCCGCGCGGCCGCUCCACUCCCCCUCCUCCCCGGCUGGGUUGUGUGAAUGAAGCUCUGCCGGCUACGUGGGGCGCUAGCUCAACUUGGUGUCCUGGACGCCGGAGCCGACCGAGCGCGCUGCCCACCGGCGGUGGACCCGGACUCUGCAGCUCCCGACCCGGGCGACAGGUUGGGAGCUGUUUCACCUCCUGCAGAAAGCGGCCACUUCACCUCCUGCAGAAAGCGGCCACACAGCUGUGUUUCCAUCCAGCCUCCCCGCCGAAACUGGGGGACUCCGCUCAACCUUGAGCCCGCCGCCCCAGUGUAGAAGAUAGGACCAAGAUGGCCAUGUGGCAGGGAGCCAUGGAUAACAGAGGCUUUAAGCAGGGGAGUUUUUGUAGCUUCCGGAGCAGCUCCAGUGAUGAAGACCUGAUGGACAUACCAGGCACAGCUAUGGACUUCUCCAUGAGAGAUGAUGUUCCUCCCUUAGACCGAGACAUAGAAGAGGACAAGUCAUACAAUGGUGGAGGAGUAGGUUCUUCAAAUAGGAUCAUGGACUUCUUGGAGGAGCCAAUCCCUGGAGUAGGGACCUAUGAUGAUUUCAAUACAAUUGACUGGGUGAGAGAGAAGUCUCGAGACCGGGAUAGGCACCGAGAGAUUACCAAUAAAAGCAAGGAAUCGACCUGGGCCUUAAUUCACAGUGUCAGUGAUGCCUUUUCUGGUUGGUUAUUGAUGCUCCUCAUUGGGCUUUUUUCAGGUUCCUUAGCUGGUUUGAUAGACAUCUCUGCUCAUUGGAUGACAGACUUGAAAGAAGGCAUAUGCACAGGAGGAUUCUGGUUUAACCACGAACAUUGUUGCUGGAACUCUGAGAAUGUCACCUUUGAAGACACAGACAAAUGCCCAGAAUGGAAUAGCUGGGCCCAGCUUAUCAUCAACACUGAUGAGGGAGCCUUUGCCUACAUAGUGAAUUACUUCAUGUACGUGCUGUGGGCUCUGCUCUUUGCCUUUCUGGCCGUGUCUCUGGUGAAAGUGUUCGCACCUUAUGCCUGUGGCUCCGGGAUCCCUGAGAUAAAAACUAUUUUGAGCGGUUUUAUUAUCAGAGGCUACUUAGGCAAGUGGACCCUGGUUAUCAAAACUAUCACCUUGGUGCUGGCAGUGUCAUCUGGCUUGAGCCUGGGCAAAGAGGGCCCCCUAGUGCACGUGGCUUGCUGCUGUGGGAACAUCCUCUGCCACCGCUUCAACAAAUACAGGAAGAAUGAAGCCAAGCGAAGAGAGGUCUUGUCAGCUGCAGCAGCUGCUGGUGUUUCUGUAGCUUUUGGGGCACCUAUUGGCGGCGUAUUAUUCAGCCUGGAAGAGGUCAGCUAUUAUUUCCCCCUCAAAACAUUAUGGCGUUCAUUCUUUGCUGCAUUGGUGGCAGCAUUUACUCUGCGAUCCAUCAAUCCAUUCGGGAACAGCCGCCUAGUUCUCUUUUAUGUGGAGUUUCACACCCCAUGGCAUCUCUUUGAGCUUGUACCGUUCAUUCUGCUGGGCAUUUUUGGUGGCCUCUGGGGGGCUCUGUUUAUCCGCACAAACAUUGCCUGGUGUCGGAAGCGGAAGACCACCCAGCUGGGCAAGUAUCCUGUUAUUGAGGUCCUCGUCGUGACAGCCAUCACUGCCAUCCUGGCCUUCCCCAAUGAAUACACCCGAAUGAGCACCAGUGAGCUCAUUUCGGAGCUGUUCAAUGACUGUGGCCUUCUGGACUCCUCCAAGCUCUGUGAUUAUGAGAACCACUUCAACACCAGCAAGGGAGGCGAACUGCCCGACAGACCUGCCGGUGUGGGAGUUUACAGUGCAAUGUGGCAACUGGCUUUGGCACUCAUACUGAAAAUUGUCAUUACCAUAUUUACCUUUGGGAUGAAGAUCCCCUCUGGCCUCUUUAUCCCUAGCAUGGCUGUUGGUGCUAUAGCAGGGCGACUUUUAGGAGUGGGAAUGGAACAGCUGGCUUAUUACCACCAUGACUGGACCAUCUUCAACAGCUGGUGUAGUCAGGGAGCUGAUUGUAUCACCCCUGGCCUCUAUGCCAUGGUUGGAGCUGCAGCCUGCUUAGGUGGGGUGACUCGGAUGACUGUUUCUCUCGUUGUCAUAAUGUUUGAACUCACCGGUGGCUUGGAAUACAUCGUACCUCUGAUGGCUGCAGCCAUGACAAGCAAGUGGGUGGCAGAUGCUCUUGGCCGGGAGGGCAUCUAUGAUGCCCACAUCCGUCUCAAUGGAUACCCCUUUCUUGAAGCCAAAGAAGAGUUUGCUCAUAAGACCCUGGCAAUGGAUGUGAUGAAGCCCCGGAGAAAUGAUCCUUUGUUGACUGUCCUUACUCAGGACAGUCUGACUGUGGAAGAUGUUGAGACCAUAAUCAGUGAAACCACUUACAGUGGCUUCCCAGUGGUGGUGUCCCGGGAAUCGCAAAGACUUGUGGGAUUUGUCCUUCGAAGAGAUCUAAUCAUUUCGAUUGAAAAUGCUCGAAAGAAGCAGGAUGGGGUUGUGAGCACCUCCAUCAUUUAUUUCACCGAGCAUUCUCCUCCAAUGCCACCGUACACUCCGCCCACCCUAAAGCUGCGCAACAUUCUGGAUCUCAGCCCCUUCACCGUAACUGACCUCACACCCAUGGAGAUUGUAGUGGAUAUAUUCCGCAAGCUGGGACUGCGACAGUGCCUGGUCACACACAACGGGCGUUUGCUUGGAAUCAUUACCAAAAAGGAUGUGUUAAAGCAUAUAGCACAGAUGGCAAACCAAGAUCCUGAUUCUAUUCUCUUCAACUAGAAUCGUAGGGUUAUUCUGGAUCCAAAACAGGAAGGACAUUGCAGACCAUGGAUAUAUUUUAUUAACUGGGUACCCAAAACACAUUUCUCAUAUUUGGAUGGUGAGGUCAUAUUAGUGUGUUGUCUCUUUCCUACAAGUUAACCAGUUGCACUACAUAAUCUCUGGAAAGUAAUCUCUUUAGGAGAGAAUACAGUUAGGCUUCUAUGAUAAUGAAUUUGGAAGAUUUCAUGGAAGAGUAAACAAGAUCGCUAUGAUUUAAUUGUUUGUUUUUAAGAUUUUUUUUUUAAUUUGAAAAAAUCGUUAGCCAAUAUGCAAUCAAUGAAAACUAUGCAAGAAAAAUUCCCAAACCGGCUUGACCUGUAGCCUACAGGAAAUCAUUUAAAAAAGUCAUUUUGGGGGGAUCUAAUUGUCAUUUGUGGAAGAUGAAGUGUAAACUUAAGGAGCUUUGCUUUUCAAACCAUGGAAAGGAAAGCCAGAAGGAAAAUAGUAAUGGUAUUUUCUAGACUGUGAAGAUUCAGUUCAAAUAUUAUCCUUGUUCCUGUUACAAUACUUAGCCUCGUUAGUUUGUUAUGUGUGUACUUGUAUGUUCAUUUUAAUUUCUGGUUAUAAGACAAUGCUGCUUUGGUUAGUCUCCUCUAAGUGAAUUUGGAGAGAUUGACUUUUAUAGCUUGCUUGUUCCUGGUACUCUUUUGAAGUGCACAAAAAUAAGUUAUACAUCUUUCUCCUUGUCUGCGAAAAGGGUAGUUUUCCAGAUGGUAUCUGUUAGCUAGUAAGCAAGGACUUUGCCAUGAAUUUGUGAGCAGCAAGGAAAUGAUUUCUUCCAGCCUUGAAAUGAAUGAUCAGUAAAGUUCUCAGCAAAGUCCGUGACUGGGAAUUUCACAUUUUUUUGUGAGGUCCUAACAAAUCCUCUUACCCAGAUGCCUCCUCCACGAAUGAUGGUGCUUUCGGCUUCUGGAAUACGGAAGACCAGUCAAGGGAACCACGUCAAGAUUGCAUCCUGGUAACCCGGGGAAGAUUCAGAGCUGCACCUGCAUCCUCACGCAUCCCUUUGUACAGAGACCACCAGGGCUAAAAUAACUGGGCACCCAUGGCUCCUCCCAGUGUUCCGUACGUGUGACAGGCCGGUGUCAUCCCUGUGAGUGUGAAUCAGGCUUGAGAUUCUCUCCGGAUAUAUCCAAGGUGUUGGGACAAGAUAGGCAGCAGUGACUUCCUUGAGGGUCCUUAGCAUUCCAAAUAAAAUCCAGAAUCAUCUUCAGACCUAGGGGUAUGGACAAGGCCUCGUGACACCAAAGGUGCUUGUAACCAAUUGAAAAGGUGCCAGUCUCAAUUUCUUACCACGUUUAUUGCAGUGAAGCAAAAAGUCAUCAUGCCAUAGGGACAGCUAGUGGUCUUAAAGAGCCACCCCCCACCCCCACCAUUCCAACCACUAUUCCGUUGUCUGUAGUUUUAGCCAUGUUCUCCAGCUGCAACCCUUCUCUUCUGUUGCCCUUCCUACUCUUCAGUACUGAAUCCUCUCUUUGGGAUUGAGCACUGCAACUGGUUAAUCAUUCCUAAUACAUAUGUAGAAAAAAAUAGUAACUUCCAAGGCUAGUGAAAUUGCAAACUAUGGCUCAGCAAUCUUGCGGCACAUGGAGCAGAGGUGACCUAUAGCCCUUUGCUUUGCCAUGUGACCCAGUUGCUGCUGCCAUGCCUCCAGUUCCAUAUCAGAUGCCUGUGACAGUGAGACACCACUGCCCGGGGUGAGAGUUCAGCCUUGCUCAUUUUACAAUUCUGGUACCAGCACUUGCCGCUCUCCUUCCAGCCUGGUAUCAGCAGUCAGCUGGCAUAACCCUCCCCCACCAAACACCUCAGCAGCAUACCUCAUUGUGAAAGUUACUCACCCCUGAUUCAUGAACUUCUUACCCCUAGUUCUUAGCUUUGUAAAAUCUUUUAUUGCCCAGAACUGGGAAGCCAAGGCUUAUUUUCAUUGUUAUCCUUAAAAAUAGCAGUCACCAGAGUGUCUCCUCCUCAGUAUAUCACUGUAGUAUUUUAAUGAAAAAGGAAAAAAAAAAAAAAGAAAGAAGCAAGACCCAAGGUACAUGCUAUUCUAAGUCAUGGCUUGAUCACCUCACCUCUAUUGUCCCUACAAUGCUACCAACUCCUGCCUAUGAGUUGAGACUCUAUGCUUGGCUACCCUGUAUUCUAUGUAGAAAUCAAAGUUCUUAUCUGUAUAUUUCUGGUUUAAUGCCUAUCUUAUUAGCCAUCCUUUUGCACUGAAGAUUGCAAAACAGGAAAUGUUACUGUGUCUGGUGUUUGGUGGCAGUGGAAGGUUGGGUUGCAUUAGUCACUUAGAGGGUGUGCUGUUUGCCUUUGUGUUGCUUCUCGCUCUGUUCCUGAUGUCAGACAGAUGAGCCAGUGUUAAGGUGCUACUUCAGAGAAUCAAAUUGAGAAAUCAGAUAACACUGUGCCAAGGUAAACAUUCUAGAUGCUAAGCACCGGUUGGCCCUCCAGAGAAAGACAAUAUUCCUUUGAUACCUCAUUCUUGAUAAAUUUCACCCAUUAACCUCAGCUUCUCAGGUACCCUUGUAGCUCAUGUGCUAGAUUAUACGCUACAAGUAGCCGUAAUCUGUGGUGGCCGUUGUAUGUCCAAUCCUAAAUUUAGCUCAAAGGUUGGCUAGUUGUGACUCAAGUUCUCUCCUAGACUGCUAGCUCAGCACUUUGACUUCUGAGUUAAAGGCAAAUGUGUUUUCUGCCAUUAGCACUUCAAAAGUUGGACAUACUUAACCAACCAACAAUGCACCAUCUGGGGAGGUCUGUCAGUAGCCUCAAACAGCCACACAGCUCAAUGCAAAAGACUAGAUAAGUUGUGAUUUAAAAGUGAAUGGAUGGAGAUUGAUCUAUUUGGAUGGAAAGAAAGAAAAGAGAAAAAAGGAAGGAAAGAAAGAAGGAAGGAAGGAAGGAAGGAAGGAAAGAAAGAAAAUGGCGUAGCACAGGAAAUGGUUUACAAAAGAGAACCAAUAAACUCUGAAGCAGAGUUAGGAUUUUUCCAGGGGAAAAUAUCUGGUAGAUAUCCAGCCAUGAAAGGAGUGAGAGUCAAAGACUUUAUCAAAGUCCAAGUGCUCUUUGGGGAUAUCUUUAGACCUUCAUUGAAACAAUGUAAAAAAACUAAGCAGCUAAUCAGACUCAUACUGACGGGAAGAAGCAGGUGGCUGACAAUAGAAGACAGUGGCUACUUUAUAUUAUAUCAUUUCUGUUUGCUUAGAAACCUGUACUGAUCGUUUUCUUUCUCUGGCCCUAGCAUUACUGCUCAGCCCAGUUAUUGCAGUAGAGGUGGCGUGAGCCACAAAACAGACACUCUCUGGUGCAUAAUCUGACCUUGACAAGGUUUUACAUUUGCCAGCUGACAGAGCAACUGAUUAAUUUGCUAAUUAAACUGCAAAACAGUUCAAUUGUUUUGGCACUGCAAGCCGAAUUGAAACCCUUUACCGGAAGAUCAGGGCACAGUAUACGUUUCCUCUAGCAGGUCUUUAACUCUGUUUGAACACAAGAAUGAUAAAGUAACAAAGACUUAUUGUGGGCUAAGGCUGCAAAGUAUUUCACAAUCAAGUGUUGGGGUGAGCAAAUAUGUUGUGAAAAAUUUAAUGCACAAGACAGCCCAUUCUGGAAAGUGACCAUUGCUGUAUAUGUUAAGCAGUUCCCCCACUGUUGCAGUUGAAUUUUGAUUUUGGCGGGCGAUGUUAGAAGUAGGAAGGUAUGCUUGCUACCUUACACUAUCCACUGAUUUUGUUUUUAAAUAAAUCAUGAGCAGUGCAAUUCUUGAAGUUGAGUUCUUUAAUGAAGAUAGUGAAGGCAACAUAGAUAUUACAUGAAUGCAGGCCACCCACUUCUUCAGAGAAUGUAGGACAACAUCUUUUCCAGUUGUGCAUAAGGGUAUUAAACAUUUAAAAACCCUGAAGGAAAUAAAGUAUUUGGAAAAUAAACAGAAUAUUAGGGACCCCCCCUUUAAAAAAUGAUGUUUGAAUAUGUAGGCUGAAGUUAACUAUUCUAAAGUUUUCUUUUAAAAAACUAUCACUGUGAUGGUCUUGAUUUCAUUUGGGAAGGGAAUAGAAAACCCUGUUAAGAGACUACAUGAGUGCUGUAUAAUGGUGAGUGGAAAACCCGCUCAUGCCCUACCCUUCAUGUUGGCAUUUCAAAAUUGCUUGAUCAUGUGCCUCAAGGAAAAAACAAAUUCAAGUAACCCCUAAAGGCCAGGCUUCAUGAGCCAUGUAGACACCCAAGACAAAUGUGCUGCUCAAAGGCAAUCCAGCUUUAUGGAGAGGGAUGACCCAAAACAUUUGCUCAGAAAGAAAUAUGGGGUCUUUUCCCAUUGCCUAAAUAAAUGACUUGCUUUAGAUAGAUCAUCUGGCAAUCUCAUUUAAGCCUCACUUAAUAUGCCCUUAUUAAAUAUUAAAAACAAAAGGUGAGCGUUCCUCAGCUUGGACCUCAGGGGUGCAAAGCUCAAGGGCAGCCAGGGAGGUGGACCUGUGCUGGUAGCCUAACUUGGCUCUGCUUCAAGUUCAGUUGUUUGCUCCAAAGAAAAGAAUUCUGGAAUAGUAUGCAGGUUAGCCACGUUGAAUUACUCCCCAACAUGAGUUGGCCACAUUCUCAUGUCUCAAGCCCUGGCUCUGGACAGAAUGAUUGAAGGAAUGCUGGGGACCUACAAUUGAUUUUUCCUGUAGUGUGGUCUGAUUUUUGCCAAGUUCUUUAACAAAGAAGGACAGAAUGUGUUCAUUAGACGGGACCUAUCCAGUCAGCCAGCCUGAUAUUGCUGUCAUAUUUCUACCUCGACGUUCCUGCCAAAGGGGUUUCCAGCCUCAGUGUGUGCCCCCACUGAAUGAAUGAAUGCCUUGUCUAUAGUUUCGCCUUCUGAGGAGCAGCAGCAACAUGUGAUGCUAUACAAAAUACGAGGAUUAAAAAAUAAUCUAGCAUUCCUGUCCUUCUUUCUCCCUCUUCCUCUACCUCACUUCCUCUUUGGCUCCCCUCAUCAUGUCCUGGAUUCGAAUUCCUCUUAGCUUUGACAAGCCUCUGGUAGUGAAUCUGGACCUUGGGGAGAAUCUUUUCCAGAACCCAGAAGAAAAGAGACUCCUUCUCAGUCUAUGGGACCAAUGGCACUCGGCUCCCCUGUAGUGACUAAAUGCAGCAACAUGUUUCAGAUUUGAGCAUCCCAGGGAGGACAUGCAAAGUGCAAAUUGCUGCACCUUAUUGUUACCUGGCUAGUCCAGGUUUGUCAGGAUGCAGGGCAGCCUGUGAUUUGGUGAUGGAAAUGCAGUCUAGCACAGUAUGGGGAGAAGGUGUGCCUGAGGUGAUUUGACAGACUGGGACUGCUCAGCUCCACUCUCAUAUGGAAUCCUUCUAGAGUGCUCCUUCUUCCUCUCCAUUUCAUAUUGCCCCUUUUCCUCCAUGUCCUGCCUUUUUAAGUAUUUAGCUUUUUACGUAAGUAUUUACUUUUUUUUUUGUACUUAUAUAUUGCAUCCUGUGGGACUGUAUAAUGCUUAAGAAUUUAUUCCACUCACGAUAAACAUGAUGUGUUUAAUAGUUUGUUCUCUUAACCUGUCUUUUGAAGCUACGCUGCUGACCAGGUACAGGCCAGAAAGGAGAUGGGCCUAAACAGCAUCUUGGUCACAUCACCUAAAGGUGAUAAUGAUGUUCUGAUGGUGACUGUUCUUCGUUUGAUCAAGGCCAAUCUCCUGCUCUUACCUCUGCCCAUUCAUUUCUGGCUACAGGACAGAUACCAGCCACUGGGUGAGCCAUUGAGACCAGGAGAAUUCUGACAGCCAGGCUCCAGCCCCAUGGGCCACUGUGGGGAUAUCUCUGUGAUAAACUCAUUUGUAGGGCUGGCUCCAAUUGCAGUAGCCAAAGAAAACAUGUCUGACUUGACUCUUAAAUCCCUUAGAGUUGGUCACAGUUGAGCUAAAGCUCGUGUCAGACAUCAGUACUAUAGCUAGGCCUCCAGAAACUAGCGUCAACCAAAGCUAACGGGGCCCACGUUUCUGCGGGAAGCUUGGUGCUGAGCUCUUCACAGCCGUGACUGAGCUGAGGCUUGGCAACCCUGCAGCCAUGCUUUCUUAGCUUUAUUUUUCCCAGUUCGCGGGCACAGCCUGAACCAAAGCCGUGGCUCCCUGCUCACUUCAUUCUGCUCCCUGGGCACGUGCAGCAACCUAGUCUCAAAAGGAAGCCAUGGACUGAAGAGUGGACAGACCUGGUUUCUCUUCCCUGUGCUUCUACUAACUAGCCUCGAGAUCUUCACCGCUCUGUGCCUCAGUGUUCCCAUCCGCACAAUGGGGAUAGUGUUAAUUGCCCUACCUACCUCACAGGGUUGUUGUGAGGAUCAGCUGAGACCAUGAAUGGAAAGUACUUUAACAAGUGCUAUGCAAAUUGCUUAAAAUGGAAACAAUCGUGUUCAAGGCAAUGGGAUGGAUAUUGAUAGAAAGGUUUAAUGGGUUCAUCCAGCCCUUUCUCUGUGUGGCUUAAACCCAGUUUGCCAUUGCUUUAUACAUUUUCACUUAGCACAGAUUUGUAAUUAUGCAUGUAUUAAAGCACAGCCUUAUCCUAAAG